CAGUAGCUGUUUCUCUCUCAUACUGAUACCACUUUUUUUGUUUUGUUUUCCUCUCUCCGUCUCUCACAUACAUGCAGAGAUCCAGGCCGUGCUUCAGCUCCACCCACCUGCAGAUAAAAGCCAAACCCUCACCAGGGCUGCUGCUCAGCGUCUGUCCCAAACUCCUCAAAGCCUUGUGAUACUUCCAGCCUGCAGCAGCAGCAGCAGCACACACUCAAAGGGCCCAGCAGGACUGCAGCUAACACCUGGCUGGAUUCUGUGCAUGGCCACCGUCCCACUCAUGGCAUCGGAAACGACCCAGAAAAGCAGCGUAAAGUAGAAGGGAAGCUGGGUGGAGGAGGCGCAGGCCAGGGGGAGCAACGACCUUCAUACUGAGAGGAGAAAAUACCUGAAAAAAAAUGGCAGCAGCUCCCCUCCGUUCGCUCUGUCUACUCAUCACAGUAUACCACCUGUGUUCAGUCCACCUGGUCCAUGCUGGAGCGUAUUAUCCACACAAACAGCCGCCCCCACAGCACCAGCCGCUGCCACAAUACAACGACGGUUAUCCCCCUCAGCAACAGUUCAUGGGGAAUGAGAUGCCGCACCUGCCUUACGGUAAAGAAGCGCCAUUACUGCCUCAGUACGGCAAAGAGCUUCCUCAGCUUCCUUUGCACAUGGGCAAAGAGAGGCCACUAACUGAAGGCAAAGGACAAACAUUCAACCCCAGAGGGGCUAAAGGUCCCCCUCCUCUUGGUCCAGGUGGUGAAGGUCUCAGAGAAGGACCACAAGGAAUUCAGGGACCACCAGGACCAACUGGACCACCAGGACCACAAGGCCCUCCUGGGCUACCAGGCCAGGGAUUGCCAGGGCUGCCAGGAAAGCCAGGGCCUCCUGGUCCUCAAGGCUACCCUGGAAUUGGAAAACCUGGCAUGCCAGGAUUGCCUGGAAAGCCUGGAGGACCAGGAUUACAUGGACCAAAAGGGGAUCUUGGUCCUGCUGGUGGUGAAGGGCCAACUGGGCUUCCUGGGCCCGCAGGUCUCCCAGGUCCCCCUGGACUCCCUGGAAUUUCAAAACCAGGAAGUCAUGGGCUGCCUGGACAGCCAGGUCCUCUUGGGGAACCAGGCCCAAAAGGUCUACCUGGGUUCCCCGGUGUUUUAGGCUCAAAGGGAGACAAAGGGCUUGGUCUACCUGGUUUGCCAGGUUUAAAAGGACCUGGCGGACCACCUGGUCCACCUGGAAAUGUUGGCAUCCAGGGGAUUGGUAAACCUGGCAUGAAUGGUCUCCCUGGUCAGCCAGGGAUACCAGGAAAGCCAGGUCCUUCUGGAGAGCCUGGGAUGGCAGGACUACCUGGUGAUAGAGGUCAACCAGGACCGCCUGGCCUACCUGGACUUGGGAAACCAGGAACAGAUGGUUUUAGAGGACAACCAGGGCUCUCUGGAGGAAAAGGAGAAACAGGCCCUCCUGGUUUACCAGGGGGGCCAGGCUUGCCAGGAUAUGGUAAACCAGGAUUUCCAGGACCUAAGGGUCACAAGGGUCAUGCCGGUCUCCCUGGACCUCCAGGACUAAAGGGUGAUAAAGGUCACGGAGGUCUUCCAGGAGUCAUUGGCCCAAACGGUCCAAGUGGUAUGCCUGGCCCACCUGGUCCAAUAGGACUUCCAGGCAGUAUCGGCUUUCCAGGACAAAAGGGGGAGGGUGGUGCUUGGGGACUUAAAGGGUACCCAGGAACGAAGGGGGACUUAGGUCCUCCUGGUCUCCCAGGUCAACCAGGUCGGUCAGGAGAAGGGGGACAACCAGGCCAAAGAGGUUUUCAAGGGCCUAUGGGCCCCAAAGGAGAACCCGGUAUGAGGGGUUUACCUGGAAACCCUGGUGGUGGAGGAUUGCCUGGAUCUAGAGGACAGGGGGGACAGCCUGGAGAGAAAGGCCACCAAGGAUCACAGGGUAUUCCAGGUCUUAUGGGACCUGGGGGACCAAUUGGACCUCCUGGGCUGCCAGGACCGAAAGGCGAAACAGGUUUCCCUGGUAAACCUGGAUAUCCUGGUGAGGGUAAGCCAGGGACCCCUGGUCAUAUUGGUCCUCAAGGUAACCCUGGUCCUAGUGGCCCUUCUGGACUUCCAGGGCAACCAGGACUACCUGGACCACCCGGUCCUCCAGGCCUCCCUUCAGCAUCUCCAGACAUGGGACAGAUCCUCCCUGUGUCCGGCCCAUACAGCGGACAGAAACAAGGCUGGAAGAAGACAAAGAAUGAAGGCGAGAUUGGAGGAGUCGCCCUGGAGAUGCCUUCGUUCACGGCUAAGCUCACAAACCCGUUCCCUCGUGUCGGCUCCCCCGUCAUCUUUGACAAACUCCUACACAACGGCAACCAAGACUACAAUCCCCAGACUGGUAUCUUCACCUGCAGCUUACCAGGGAUCUACUACUUUGCUUACCACGUCCACUGCAAAGGAGCAAAUGUAUGGGUGGCACUGAUGAAGAACAAUGAGCCGGUGAUGUACACAUAUGACGAGUACAAGAAGGGCUUACUGGAUCAGGCAUCGGGGAGUGCUGUACUACCUUUGCGACAAGGAGACUCUGUGCAUAUACAGCUGCCAUCCGACCAGGCUUCAGGACUCUACGCUGGUCAAUAUGUCCACUCCACAUUCUCUGGUUUCUUGUUGUACCCAAUGUAAGAAAUGUGUAUCAAGAAACCAGCAACUUCCAGUGUUGAAAAAUCAAGCCAAUGAGGAUGUGCAAAAAGCUGCAGUUCCUUGAGUAUCCACUUGAGGCUGGAUCAAAAAGCCAAGGAAACCCCAUGAGGUCCCAAAUUAAGUAGCCCUCUUUCCCAGCAGAAAUAAAACAUGUUUACAGCCUGGUUCAAAAAGGCUUUGGUAUCAAGAGCUGAUUUCUUUAUUGGUGCACACUGUACGGGGUUGAAAUUUGUUUAUAACUCUUCUGUUUUUAUUUUAUUAAGGCUAAGAGUUUUUUGUCAUAAAUUUGUAUAAGUAUGGGCACGGCUGGGUUGACUGACAGGCAGGCGGUUGAAGCUGUUUACCCUUAGGCUAAAGACCGGCCUCUAGUCCAUGUAUUUGUCUGUUAGUAGUUGUCCAAAAGUUAUGACAACUGCCAUCGUUUGGCUUCAAAAUGCCUCUACAAAACCAAUGGCUGACAUCAAUGAGAGUGCAUCCAUGUUUUAUACAGUCUUAUCAUAUCAGCAAGGGCAAUAGCACUGACUUUUUAAUGGUACAUUUUCAUAUUUACAGUAGUUAGACAGGUACAAUGAAGGUCGAGUUGAAUGUUUUACAAUAGAUGAAGGCAAAAUAGAAAUAUAGUUGCAACAUAUCUCAUUGUAUUAAUAUCAUUUAAUGCUUUACAUUUUCAUUUACAUACAUCAGCAGAGUCUCUGAAAUGUUAGUUCACUUUUUAAGGAAUGGGCAGUUGAUGUCCAGUUAUAAAAAUGGUAUCUGGUCAUCGGCUCCAUGUAUACAUUUUCGUACAAUAACGUUUUCUUGUGAAGGUUUUGGUUGAUACGAUUUAAUGUAUUUGUUGUCAUAAAUCUUGUAUGUUUACAUUGUACAUUUAUUCUUAUAUCCAUCUACACACAAUAUAGCAGUGUUAAUAACAUGACUGGAAAAAUAAUUCCUGCAAUCCCUGUGUUGCAGGUUUUAUUCAUUUGUCACUCAUUGUUUUGCUUUACAGUUAUACUGUUUUCUGGGCACAUAAGUACAUAACCAUGUCAGUGUACAAGACAUUCAAAGCUUUCAGUUACAAAUGUUGGGUUAUUAAAUUGGGUUCAUCAUACACGUAUUAGGUUAAUGUAAAUCUUUUUUCUGAUAUUGUAAAAUGCCGUUUUUUUGAUGCAGCAAAAAUCCACAAAUUUUACAUUUGCAUCUGGCAGUACAAAAAGAAAUCAUAUUCUUUUAUGUCUCCGUCCAGAACAGACCGAAAAAAAACCUUUGCAGUUUAUCCAUAAUUUGACAGUCUAACUAUCUUUACUUUUGACAGUUGGUUGUCAAAACGUUGUGUUUAAUAAAUUCUUUGAACAUUUUGUAAAUUUUUCAUUAAUCUCUGUAACUUAUUUUUUUGACUACUGAUUACUUCAGAUUGUCUAAAUGUCUGUCUUGAUCUUGAAUGGUGACAUUUCUAACAAAACAGAACAUGUUUUGUAGCAAAAAAUAAAAUAUUCCAAGACAUGUUCUAUGUUUAUGCUCAUUCCCAUUCAUACUUCCAUGUGUCUGUUUUUCCUUUUUUUCUUUUUCUCCUCAAACUGUGAAUGUGCAAUUCAUUUUUUUCCUCUAUUUUUCUUUACUCUGACUAUGGUGCACAGCAUUUAAUGGGGAACUGUAUUUUAAGUGUGUAUAUUUUUUGAUUGUUUAAUAAAGUCAUGUUAUUUCUUUUGACAUAAUUGUCAUGGCCACAUGGUCCCAUGAAAAAA